CUGGUUUUCCUCUCCAGACUACGCUCAAGCAUUAGCUGAUGCUUACUGUUAACCAGUUUAUAUCUAUCCUUCUGCUGAUGAUCUUUCCUCUGGUAGUAUUCCUCUUACCUCCCUUCCCUUGGAUCUACCAAAAAACCAAAACCAAAAGCCUACACCAAUUCAUUUUCAGCUUGUUAAUGAUAUUUAUUGGUGUGCUCUCAAGUUUGUUUAUUCGCAUAACCAACUGCCCAAAAUCAAUCUGUUGUAUUUCCAUAGCCAAGCCAACGAAGAUGCUUUUAAGAAAUACGGGAACAAAUGGGGCCUAUCCCCAAAAAGAAAACUCAAAAACACCAUUCCUUCUGAAGUCAUAAGAAUCGAUGACUAAAAACCGAACUACUUUUUUUUU